UCUACAGCUCCAAGUGACUUCUCCCUUCCCUCUCUUUCCCUCUCCUUCCCUCCGUCCCUCUCAACUCUGAACCCUUUUCUUUUCAAACAACUCAAAAAAAAAAAAAAACAGAAACAAAAGCAAUCAGAAGUUGAUAACAUGAUAACACCGGCCCUCUAUCCAUCCAUGAAUCCAUCUCUCUCAUCUGUUGCUACAGUCUAAAAUAGGGAUAGCAUCUUUCUUUUUCUCUGUAUCUGUUAAAAUCUGCAACUCUACACUACAGCACAGGUGCAGAAAGUUUUGUGUAUCAGAUCCCAAUUUUAGGACUUCUCUACUACCAAUAACAGCAUAACUCUGUCCCCCUCCCCCCUCUCCCUUUUUCCUUUUUUUAUCUGAACUCUCGUCCUCCUUUGUGGUCCUAAAACUCAACCCCACUUUUUCCAUCUUUUUUACUUUCAUCAGAAACCCUUUUUCCUCAUGAUGCUCUUUCUCAUGACUUCAAAGUUGUGUAUGUGACAGCAUACAUAAAGAGAAGAGAAAAGAAAAGAACAUUUCUUCGGGUGGAAAAAGAUGCAGGAACAGGGUUUAGGCAUGAUGGCUGGGAGUGGAAGCGGAGGACUAGGUGGUUUGGGUGAUGUUUCAGUGGCAAUCCCAGCUGGUGAUUAUCAAAAUAGACAACUUAAGGCUGAGAUUGCUACUCAUCCUUUGUAUGAACAGCUGCUUUCAGCCCAUGUAGCAUGUCUUCGUGUAGCAACUCCUAUUGAUCACUUACCUCUUAUUGAUGCUCAGCUUUCUCAAUCUCACCAUAUUUUAAGAUCUUAUGCUUCUCAGCAGCAUCUUUCCCACUCCUUAUCUCCCCAUGAAAGGCAAGACCUUGAUAAUUUCUUGGGGCAGUACUUGUUAGUUUUGUGCUCCUUUAAAGAGCAGCUUCAACAACAUGUCAGAGUCCAUGCAGUUGAAGCAGUCAUGGCCUGCCGUGAAAUUGAGCAGAACUUACAAGCUCUGACGGGCAUAAGUAUUGGUGAAGGAAGUGGUGCAACGAUGUCAGAUGAUGAGGAUGAGCUGCAGAUGGAUUUCUCGUUAGAUCAAUCAGGAGCUGAUGGACAUGACAUGAUGGGAUUUGGCCCCCUUCUUCCAACAGAAUCAGAAAGGUCUCUGAUGGAGAGAGUUCGCCAGGAGCUAAAGCUUGAGUUGAAACAGGGAUUCAGAUCAAGAAUUGAGGAUGUAAGAGAGGAAAUAUUAAGAAAAAGGAGGGCUGGAAAAUUACCAGGUGACACUACGUCGGUGCUGAAGAAUUGGUGGCAGCAACACUCAAAGUGGCCUUACCCAACUGAAGAUGACAAGGCAAAACUUGUAGAAGAGACAGGGUUGCAGCUCAAGCAAAUUAACAAUUGGUUCAUCAACCAGAGGAAGCGCAAUUGGCACAGCAGCUCUCAAUCUGUUACGUCCCUGAAGUCCAAGCGCAAGAGAUAGAUACAUUUUGACUGGGAAACAAGCGAUGCAUUUAAAUCCAUGCUGAUAUUAGAUCACUACUAAGCCAGAGAUCCGGACAACAACUUGUGCAAAAACUAAGAAACUGGUAGAUAGAGAAGUCAUACAUCAGGUGAGAGUGUAUAAUAGCUUUAACAUGGUGCCGCACAUACAUGACUUUAGAUUGCUGGGAAUUAAGAAAAACUGUCUAACAGAUUUCUUUUGUAAUUCUGGAAUUCAUGUGAUGGGUAUAGCAAGCAAUUUCAUCUGUUCCAAAAGUAGAAAUAAAGUUUGACACUCAUGCAAUGCAA